AUGUCAAUUGAGCCCUCCAAACUCGAAGCCAGCGAGCAUGACGCCGAAUCAGUCUCGCAGGACUGGGCUCCCGAGGAGGAGCGGCGAGCCCGGUUGAAAAUUGACCUCUCCGUCCUCCCUCUGCUCUGCUUCGGAAUGAUCAUGUUCCAGCUCGACCGAAUGAACCUGGCCAGCGCCCUAACCGGCGGCUUCACCACAGAUAUCGGCAUUACGCAGGACACGGUGAACCUGGGGAACCAGCUGAUGUUCAUGGGGAUCAUUGUCCUUGAGAUUCCGUCGAAUAUGCUUCUGCAAAAGAUCGGCCCCAGCAAAUGGAUCCCAGCCCAAGUCUUCGUCUUCGGCCUCAUCGCAACAAUGCAAGUUUUCCUGCGCAGUAGAGGUGGGUUCCUUGCUACGCGGAUACUCCUGGGUCUCGCCGAGGCGGGGUAUAUCCCGGGUUCAAUCUAUACUCUGUCGACGUGGUAUACUCCACAAGAACUCGGAAGGCGUGUCGCGAUUCUAUUUUUUGGCAUGUUUGGCGGCAAUGCGAUCUCGCCGUUGCUUGGGGCGGGCAUUCUGCGCUUGCAUGGGCGGGGGGGUAUGGCGGGGUGGAAGUAUAUCUUUUUGAUCGAAGGAAUCGCAACAAUGAUCGUUUCAGGACUGCUCCUUCUUGUCCUCCCGACAAGCCCGCAGCGCCCUCGGCCGCUGUUUCUUAAAGGCUUGAUUCGGUUCUCAGAGAGAGAACAGUAUAUCCUCACAGCACGACAAGGUCUCGAGAAUCGAUCGUCCGCGGACAAUAAACCGCGCUCGGGGAUCCCGCUGGCAACGGUUCGAAAGACAGUUCUGAAUUACCGCCGCUGGCCCCAUUUCAUUUCCACGGCGUGUGUCUUUGCCACGUGGAGUCCGCUGACGACGUAUACGCCGAGUAUAAUCAUGGCCCUCGGCUUCACCCGCGUCCAAGCCAACGCCCUCUCCGCAAUCGGCGCGUCCCUAACGCUCCCCAUCGUUUUCACCGUAGCAUAUCUAAGCGACCGCACGAAACGGCGCGGCCUAACAGUCAUCUGCGCGAUAUGCACCUAUCUGACCGUUCUCAUCGUCGCGCGAUGCGUCCUCCCGCAUGCAGGGCGCUGGAGCCGGUUCGGGCUGUGGACGGUCGUCAAUGCGUUUGCCGUCUGCUAUCAUCCCGUCCAUAAUGUUUGGGUGCAGUUGAAUUGUAAAGAUCAGGCGGAGAGGAGUAUUGCUAUUUCGAUGUGUAUGUCUAUGCCGUCGUUGAUGAGCAUUCUACACUUUGUAGGACGAGAGCUAAUACAGUACACAGGGGUCAUGAGUGCCAUCUCCGGCCUAUUAGCAGGAACGCAGAUUUUCCGAGCGGAUGAUUCGCCAAGAUACCACACCGGCCUCAUUAUAAUGAUUGCGCUGGUCUCGUCGGGACUUGUUCUCGCGGUUACGCAACAUCUGAUCUACCUCUUCCUUAACUCGCGGCAGCGGAGGGUCGGAGGGAAGGCGCUGUAUAAUCCAUGA